UUUCAUUUGUCUUACAGGCUUGUGUCUGCAUGCAUGUGGUGUAUAUUUAUAGCAUGUAUGUGUGUGUAUGUGUGUGUGUGUGUGUGUGUGUGUGUGUGUGUGUGUAGCUUGGCACGGCUUAUAUUUGACAUGGCCUGACUACAAAAACAUGCAGCACAGCCUUUACGUCGAGUUAAUUGUUCUCAGUAGACUCAGUUUGAGCAGGCACAAGGUCAAAGACAAUGUUUUCCUGACUUAAAGGAAACUGAGAGCAGCUUCCACUGUGGUCGUGGGUUCCAAUGAAGAAACGAGGUGCUCGGAGUUUUUGUUAUUUUUAUUUCUAUCGUACACACACCUUAAACUUCCAGUGCUUCAGUGCAGAGCUAAGUUUACAUGAAGUUUAUAGGUUGAUUUUAUGACUGUGUGGGGUUCGCUGCCCCUCGUGUGGAAAUAGAUACACCAGGGUUAGACAUCGUUUGGACGCCGACCAAAUAACAGCUUGUUAAAUUUGAAAUCGUGUUAUGUAUUUACCGAGCUGCACGUUCCCGUCAAAGUCUGACUUUGGCUCCGUCACGUCACCGUUUUUACCGGAGACUGGCAGCGCUUUGUUGGAGCACAAUAACGCAUCAGUGAGGAGACUGUCGGAGUACCGGGGCUGCUGCUAUCAUGAGCCUCUGCAGCAGCAGCAGCAGCAGCAACAGUAUCCUCCUCCUCCUCUUCCUCCUGCUGCUGCGGCCAAGUGGACUUUCUACCAGUCCAACCGGCCCAUCACCUCUCCACCGCCGCCCUGCUUCAACCUGUCUGCAGAAGCUGUUUAUCACGAGUACCAGGGAAUCCCAUCUCCUUCGGAAGCCAUAUUCAAAGGCAGUAAGGACUGCUUUGUGGGUGGCGGGGCGCUCUACGGAGCGUCUGCCCCCCGUUUUCACGCACAGGCGUUUGCCGGAGGUAACCCGCGCAGCUUCCACUGCAGAUACACGACCUACAACCCGGAGUCACAUCUCUUCUUCCCGGCGGCAGGCCGAGGCGGUACACUCCUGCUGCCGCUGUUCGACAAGUUUACCGACUACACAGACGAAUCAAGGAGCCCGAAAACGGUCAACGCAGCAGGGGACCAACGUGAAAAAGAGGCGAAUAAUAGGACCGAAUGUUUGAGCGCCAGCAGCGGGGAGAGCGGCGAGGUAAGGCCGGUGUCGGAGUCACCGCUGGCGGGGAAGGAGGACGUGGAAGAGGAGGAGGAGGAGGAGGAGGCGCCGUCUUCAUCCAGCGGAACACAGACAGAGUCUUCACUAAAGAGGAAGAAACGUUGUCCUUACUCCAAGCAGCAGAUCAGAGAGCUGGAGAGAGAGUUUCUCUUCAACAUUUACAUCAACAAAGACAGACGGAUGCAGCUGUCCCGCCUUCUGUUCCUGACAGAUCGACAGGUGAAAAUCUGGUUCCAGAACAGAAGAAUGAAAGAGAAGAAACUGAAACGAGAAAGACUGCAGUACUACACACAAUACCACCUUUUCUGACAGAUGGAUGAGCACAUUCCCAAAGGGACAACCCUGCAAACGUCGUUUCAUUCCAGUCACAUAUGCAGGCCAAUAGAGACAUGAGGAGGGGGAAAAACAAACAAAGUACUCCAGUACAGAACUCAAAAUCUCAGGUUUAGACCCUGUUACAGCAUCAGAGACUUUUUUAAACAACCUUUUAAACAACCAGUCCCAUACCUCUCUUGACAAUGAAUCAAGUAAGUGUUUAAAAUUGGCCUUACUUGGACUCAUCUUCUCUCUGAAGUCAUGCGGCUCACUGUGAAGAAAUGAAUAGUCUCUCUCUGCCUUUGGCUGUCAUGUUCUGUAAAUACUGAGAUGGGACCUUCAUUGUGUACAUUCUUUGAAAAAUGUAAACAGGGAAACAUCAAACGCAAAUGUACAGUAGCCCCUUAUAUACACGUCAGUGGACUUUUUUGUCGUUAUUUUGUUUAUUUGCACUGCUGCAUCUAUCUAUCUAUCUAUCUAUCUAUCUAUCUAUCUAUCUAUCUAUCUAUCUAUCUAUCUAUCUUUGCAUCAAAUAUUUAUUGUACUUCAUUACACAAUCACUUAAAAAUGUACCUAUAUUACAAUAUUUGACAAGCUUAUGUGUGAUCCUAAAUUAGGGGUAAAAUCUUUGUAAUUAAUUAUACCGUCACAUCGAGAAAGGCACAAAUCAGUUCAGAUGGUUCUCAAAUCAAUGAAAAAGGAUAUAUUUAGACAAAAAAUGGGCAUAUACAGCUCAUGAAAGUGUACAGUGCCAUCUGAAGCCAUAUACAGGGUGAUGUUAAUAUAGCAAUAAAAUGAAAUGAAUGUCAUGUGUGAUCACUUCCAUGUGCAACCAAAAACACAGUACACCCAGAAGCACAUUUAAAUAGGCCUACAUUUUAGAUAGCCGUGGCCCAAAAUCGUAAACACAACCGCACAAAUGGAAAAGCAGGUUAUUAUGCCUUCUGGUUACUAUGCUAUAAAAUGCUACAAAAUGUAACGUUGCCACAGUAAAAAAAAGUAGAGAGUGUCAAACUUGAGGUGGAAAUAAGAAAAAGCAGAGAAAGGAGGUUCUCUGUGUUGUGGUCUCCCUCUCGUUCUCUCUUUUUUCUUUUCCACACUGGGAUCUCGACCCAGACUUUGAACAACAUGGGCCCAGACAGCAGAAAACAGUGAGUCCAAGGCUGCUGGUGAACCUUGAACCGCAGCGUAACCACAACACACCACACCGUCACAACCACCAUUUCCUCAAUGACUUUUAUUGGGGCAAUACAGACGGUCUGCUGUCUCUUGCUCCCUCUUUCUUUGUCUCACACAUUCACUCAAGUCCCCUGUGUGUGAGUGGGACAGUGCACGAGUGUGUGUCUGUUUGUGUGCGUGUGACGUCAAGAAAGACGGGGAGAUGAAAGGAGAGCUUGUGUUUCUGGUUGGAACUAAAGGCAUUCACCCUAAUGGCCCACAAUAAACUAGACGACAAGCCUGUUUGUCCCCUGA